AUGACGGUAACUGUACCUGGUGCCUCGUGUACCGAUUGGACGUACGAUGCUAAUUGGGCAACUGGAUACGGCGUACGAUCGAGGCAGAAGGCCCUCUACAAGGGAGGAAGUGAGACUCUGAACGUAUACGUGGUCGAGUCGAUAGAUGCCGACCGCCCCCCAGUGGCUGGCAGGACCAUCCUACCCGGUCGUUCCAAUGGAAACCGGGAUGGCGUCACUAUUGUUGCGGCUACUGUUCCAAACGCCAACAUAUAUCCUUGCCGAACCGGCUAUACGUGCCCUUAUCAUCAGGGGCGAAAGCUCGUCCAUGAGGUGGGCCACUGGCUGGGAUUGUUGCAUACCUUUCAAGGCGGCGACUGCGAGGGCGAGGGCGAUUUUGUCGACGAUACUCCCGCUCAACUCGAACCUCCUCCUGAUGGCAUGUGCCGGACUCGUCAGGACUCUUGCCCCAAACAAAUCGGAAUGGAUCCCGAGAAUAACUUUAUGGAUAAUUUAACAGAUGAAUGUGCCACACAGUUCACACCCGGCCAGAUUGCUCGCAUGCACGACAUGUGGAACACAUAUCGCGGCCCUGAUUCCCAAACGUUGUAUCAUAACUUUCAAAGUUGGCUCGGCAGCACUGCGCCGUGGAGACGUUGA